AUGAUCAACACAUCAAAUAAAUACACCGUCUGGUCGAAACCCUACACCCGCAGUCUCCUUCCACCGACCUUUCCGCCGAGCCCUGCACCUCCUCCUCUGCGUCGCAGCCCCCAUACCUCGUCUCCCUCUCCCUCCCCCGCUCCACGCCGGCACACCCUCCUCGCCCAUCUCCGCUCCGAGAUCCACGUCCUCGCGGCUGCGUGUCUCCACUCCUCGACCUCCAUCCUUUGCGCCCGCUCCCCGCCUCGUCCCCUUCCGUAUCCCUCUCUCCCUCCCGGCCACCCCUCCUUAGUUCUGCGAGAUGCUUCCCUCAAGUCCGCAGCGGGUCCCUUGCAGCGGGCUCCACGCCGGACGGGCUGGAGCUGCUGCUCGCAGUCGUACGUUGCGCCUCCCAGGGUGAGUGGUAAACCAGCUCCGCGCGUCGCGGCCGGAAGGAUCUCGGCUCGGAACUGGCUGCGCGGCGGCCACGACAGCUCGUGGGCUUCGGUGCCCUGGGCGUGUGCUCUCCUCGUCGCUGAGCCCUCCCUGAUCUGUCCCGGCCACGACAGCUGCAAGGUUCAGGAGGUCGUGCCUGCGUGCCGCUGCGAGUGCAGCACGGUCGCAGCUCUUGCUGUCGCUCCUCAGAGCAUCUGCAAAGAGGUGCACACAUCCGCAUCUGUUGUUUGCCGAUUGAUGUUUAUUGAUGACAACUUACAAGGUCCAAGGGAGGGCAUGCCUUGUUUCCACUGCUGGAUUGGCUUAUGUGCCAUGGUCCAUUGCUUUUAAUGCAAGAUCAAAAUAUGUAUGUAAUAUGCUAUUUUGAUGUGCUUCUGAAUGUAAACUUGAGAUAUUGUAUCUGAUUUGAUGUUGUAAUUAUGGUAAUGGGCUGUUUUUUGGCUGAAAUGACUAUUAUGCUAAAUGGGUUGAAAGACUUACUA